AUGCCUGAUCUUCCCGAGGCUCUCAAGAUCUCAUCUCAUGGCGGAGCGGCGACGUCGAGGGCUCGAUCGGCCCCUGCAUCUCGGCCAACCUCCUCUGCCUCCGAGACUGCGCUUGCAACUUCAGCGACCGUCGACGCGGAGAACACUGUCUAUGGCCUCGUCGCAUGCCUUGCAGACGCCGAGACGUCGGAGUGCGCCGCUUGCCUCGGCGUCGCGUCAGUGAAGCUGCCUGGGACGAGGUGCGCGAGCCGCAGGGACGUGGUUCUCAGGGCGCGCGCACUUCCUGGUGCACUUCGAACGACAACGCCGCCUCCUUCGGCAUAG